CUGAAAGAGACUCUCUCUGCUGAUACCUGUGCUUUGUCCUGCCCGUGAUGCUGUAGUCAGAAGACAUGAUGAGCUGAAGACUAAAGAAAGAGUCGCAGGAGAGAACAACAUUUCAUCAUGUCUGACAGCAGAGUGUCUCCUGUCAUCAACCCUUCUCGUAGGAGAAGAAGGAGCAAAGACAUUCCCCCUUUCAUGAGUGAUUUGAGGAUUGUUCUGCUGGGGACGAAUGCUUCAGAAAACAGUCGAGUGGGGAACUUCCUGUUAGGAAGAGCAGUGUUUGAGACUGAAGAACCUCCAGAUGUUGUAGAGAGAGUUGGAGGAAAACACAUGACAGUCAUCAACACUCAACAUCUCACUCCAUCAGAUCACACAGAGACAGUGAGAGAGUGUGUGUCUCUGUCUGCACCAGGACCUCAUGUGAUCCUUCUGGUACUGAAACAUGAUCAGUGUUCAAGAGAAGAGAAAGAGUGUGUGGAGAUGCUGCUCAACUCUUUCUCUCACACUGUUUAUCAACACACCAUGAUGAUCACCACACACGAGUCACACACUCAAGUCAAUGACAUUAUACAGGAAAUCAUUCACAAAUGCAACGACAGACACUUCAGACUGGAGAGAAACAGCACUCCUGCUCAACUGAUGGAGAAAUGUGAAGAGAUUGUACACAGUAAUGGAGGACAUCAUCUGAUCUGUACUGAAUGUGAGAGUGUGAAGCUGAAUGUGGUUGUGUGUGGCAGUGACAGACGAUUAAAAGCCUCCAUAUCAAAUCUGAUCCUGAAUGAGAGCGACAGAAGAUCAGAAUCCAGUUCAGAGUGUGUGAGGAUUGAAGGGGAGAUGUCUGGACGUCUGAUCACUCUGGUGGAGCUUCCAGCACUUUCUCAGCUCUCAGAAGAGGAAGUGAUGCGUCAAUCUCUCCACUGUGUGUCUCUCUGUCAUCCUGGAGUUCAUGUUUUCCUCCUCAUUAUUCCUGAUGCUCCAAUCACUGAUGAAGACAAAGCAGAAAUGGAGAAGAUCCAGAGAAUAUUCAGCUCAAGAAUCAACAAACACAUCAUGGUCCUCAUAAUGCAGAAUUCAGAACACACAACAGCAGAACUCAAUGAAGAAACAAAGUCUGUCAUUGAAAGUUAUGCAGGACGACAUCAUUUCUGUGGCCCCGACACACAAGUGUCCGUGUUGAUGGAGAAACUGGAGCAGAUGAUGGAAAACAAUAAUGGAGACUGUUUCUCCUCAGAGACACUUUUAAAUGCUCUGAUGCUGAAAUUUGAAGAUAUGAGGAGGAAAAUCCACUCACUAGAGACACAGUUUCAAUCACAAGGUUCAAGAGACGACACCAGUGAUGUGAGGAUUGUGAUGCUGGGCAAAACUGGAGUUGGGAAGAGUGCAACAGGAAACACCAUCUUAGGAAGAAAAGUGUUUAAAGCGGCUAUAUCACAAGAGUCAGUUACUAAAGAGUGUCGGAGAGAAACAGCAGAAAUCAACGGCAGACACAUCACUGUGAUUGACACUCCAGGACUGUUUGAUACUGAACUCAGUCAUGAAGACAUCCAGAGAGAAAUCACUAACUGCAUCUCAAUGAUACUGCCAGGACCUCAUGUGUUCAUUAUUGUGUUGAAUUUAGGACAACGAUUCACUCAAGAGGAGGCGAAAUCAGUGAAGAUCAUUCAAGAGACGUUUGGUGAAAACUCUUUAAUGUACACAAUGAUUCUCUUCACCAGAGGAGAUUAUCUGAAGAAUAAAUCCAUUGAACAGUGGCUGGGGAAACCAGGAUCUCCUUUGAUGAAGCUGAUUGAACAAUGUGGAAACAGAUUCCAUGUGUUCAAUAAUAAUGAGACUAGAGAUCGCACACAGGUUUCUGAUCUACUGGAGAAAAUAGACGUCAUGGUGACAGCAAACGGAGACAGUUACUACUCAUGUAAGAUGUUCAGACAGAUGGAGAGAGAACGACAAGAAAAACAAAUGAACAUAAUGAUGGAGAGAGUCGAGACACUGAACAGAGAGAGAGAAGAACUCUUGACCAAACAUGAAGAAGAGAAAGAGAGAAUGAAGAAGAUGAUGGAGGAAGAGAGACAGAAUCAAGAGAAAGAGAGGAAGAGAAGAAAAGAGAAAUUUAGAGAGCGAGAAGAACAAUUAAAAAGAGAAAUGAAAGAAAAAGAGGAGCAAGAGAGAAAUAUGAGAAAAGAACGAGAGGAAUGGGAGAAACAGAAACUGAAGAGAGAAGAAGAGUUUAAUGAGAGAGAAGAACGAUAUAAAAGAGAAAUAAAAGAGAAAGAGGAGUGUGAGAGAGAGAUGAAAGAUGAGAUGAGAAAAGAACGAGAGGAAUGGGAGAAACAGAAACUGAAGAGAGAAGAAGAGUUUAACGAGAGAGAAGAACGAUAUAAAAGAGAAAUAAAAGAGAAAGAGGAGUGUGAGAGAGAGAUGAAAGAUGAGAUGAGAAGAGAACGAGAGGAGAAACUGAAGAGAGAAGAAGAGUUUAAUGAGAGAGAAGAACGAUAUAAAAGAGAAAUAAAAGAGAAAGAGGAGUGUGAGAGAGAGAUGAAAGAUGAGAUGAGAAGAGAACGAGAGGAAUGGGAGAAACAGAAACUGAAGAGAGAAGAAGAGUUUAAUGAAAGAGAAGAACGAUAUAAAAGAGAAAUAAAAGAGAAAGAAGAGUGUGAGAGAGAGAUGAAAGAAGAGAUGAGAAGAGAACGAGAGGAGAAACUGAAGAGAGAAGAAGAGUUUAAUGAAAGAGAAGAACGAUAUAAAAGAGAAAUAAAAGAGAAAGAAGAGUGUGAGAGAGAGAUGAAAGAAGAGAUGAGAAGAGAACGAGAGGAAUGGGAGAAACAUAAACGAGAGGAGAAACUGAAGAGAGAAGAAGAGUUUAAUGAGAGAGAAGAACGAUAUAAAAGAGAAAUAAAAGAGAAAGAAGAGUGUGAGAGAGAGAUGAAAGAUGAGAUGAGAAGAGAACGAGAGGAGAAACUGAAGAGAGAAGAAGAGUUUAAUGAAAGAGAAGAACGAUAUAAAACAGAAAUAAAAGAGAAAGAAGAAAGUGUGAGAGAGGUGAAAGAAGAGAUGAGAAGAGAACGAGAGGAGAAACUGAAGAGAGAAGAAGAGUUUAAUGAAAGAGAAGAACGAUAUAAAAGAGAAAUAAAAGAGAAAGAAGAGUGUGAGAGAGAGAUGAAAGAAGAGAUGAGAAGAGAACGAGAGGAAUGGGAGAAACAUAAACGAGAGGAGAAACUGAAGAGAGAAGAAGAGUUUAAUGAGAGAGAAGAACGAUAUAAAAGAGAAAUAAAAGAGAAAGAAGAGUGUGAGAGAGAGAUGAAAGAUGAGAUGAGAAGAGAACGAGAGGAGAAACUGAAGAGAGAAGAAGAGAUUAAUGAGAGAGAAGAACGAUAUAAAAGAGAAAUAAAAGAGAAAGAAGAGUGUGAGAGAGAGGUGAAAGAAGAGAUGAGAAGAGAACGAGAGGAAUGGGAGAAACAGAAACUGAAGAGAGAAGAAGAGUUUAAUGAGAGAGAAGAACGAUAUAAAAGAGAAAUAAAAGAGAAAGAAGAGUGUGAGAGAGAGAUGAAAGAUGAGAUGAGAAGAGAACGAGAGGAGAAACUGAAGAGAGAAGAAGAGUUUAAUGAGAGAGAAGAACGAUAUAAAAGAGAAAUAAAAGAGAAAGAAGAGUGUGAGAGAGAGGUGAAAGAAGAGAUGAGAAGAGAACGAGAGGAAUGGGAGAAACAGAAACUGAAGAGAGAAGAAGAGUUUAAUGAGAGAGAAGAACGAUAUAAAAGAGAAAUAAAAGAGAAAGAGGAGUGUGAGAGAGAGAUGAAAGAUGAGAUGAGAAGAGAACGAGAGGAGAAACUGAAGAGAGAAGAAGAGAUUAAUGAAAGAGAAGAACGAUAUAAAAGAGAAAUAAAAGAGAAAGAGUGUGAGAGAGAGAUGAAAGAUGAGAUGAGAAGAGAACGAGAGGAGAAACUGAAGAGAGAAGAAGAGGAGAAAUGGAGAAAGAGAGAACAAGAAAAAGGGAGAAUGAAGAUGGAGGAAGAAAGACAGAAUAAAGAGAUGAAGAGAAGAGAAUUCAGUGUGAGAGAAGAACGAUAUAAAAGAGAGAUAAAAGAGAAAGAAGAACGAGAGAGAGCGAUACGAGAGGAGGAGAAACAUGCAUUUAAAGGAUCAACAGGGAUCAAACUGAAACUGACUCCUAGAAACAACAGAAAUAAUCCUGUCGAGAGUCUCCCGGACAGAAGAAUUGUUCUCCUGGGGAAGAGUGGCGUUGGAAAGAGUGCAGCUGGAAACACAAUACUGGGACAGGAAGUGUUCAAAUCUGAGCAGAGAAUGAAUUCAGUGACCCGUGAAUGUUCAGAGAAACAAGCGACUAUUUCAGACAGAAAUGUGUCUGUAGUUGAUACACCUGGAUUAUUUGACACAGACAUGAAACCUGAAGAUUUAGUGAAAGAGAUCGGGAGAAGUGUUUAUUUAUCCAGUCCUGGACCGCACGCUUUUCUCAUCGUGUUUCCUGUGAAUAUGAGAUUCACUGAACAGGAACAACAGAUUCUUCAGAAGAUUGAAACACUGUUUGGAGAGGAAGUGUUGAAAUACUCCAUCAUUCUCUUCACUCAUGGAGAUCUGUUAGAACAGUCAAUAGAUAAACUCAUUGAGGAGAACAGUAAAUUAAGAUCUGUAGUUGAUCAGUGUGGAGACAGAUAUCAUGUGUUUAAUAAUAAAGAGCUGAAUAACAGAGAUCAGGUGACUGAACUACUGCAGAAGAUUGACACAAUGAUACAGCAGAAUGGAGGAGGACAUUACACUCAUCAGAUGUAUCAAGAUGCUCAGAGAUUUAAACCAGAGGAGGAAGAGGAGAGACGGAGAGAUGAAGAGAGAAGACACCAGGAAGAGAGACAAAGUGAAAAGGAGACUCCGAGAAUGAGGAAGGAGAGAGAGGAAAGAGUCAGAGCAGAGUUUGAAGCUAAACGAAAGAGAGAGGAAGAGAAGAGACGGAGAGAGGGAGAGAAUAAACAGUGGUGCACAAUACAAUAAGCUGUUCUCAGAGUUCACACAUUGAGAUCUGUUGAGAGAAGAGAGUAUUGAUAAACUCAUUAAUAAAAGCAGUAAAUUAAGAUCUGUAGUUCAGCGGUGUGGAGGCAGAUAUCAUGUGUUUAAUAAUGAAGAUCAGAAUAACAGAGAUCAGGUGACUGAACUACUGCAGAAGAUUGACACAAUGAUACAGCAGAAUGGAGGAGGACAUUACACUCAUCAGAUGUAAACAUUCAUAUAUUCUCCAUUCUCUGCUGUAUAUGUUUUUAUUAGAGGUUAUAAUUAUUGUAACACAAGCAUUUCUUCUUUCUCUCUUUAUAUGAACACACAGAGACUCGUGAAGAUGAAACACAUUUUAAACUAAUGCAUUAAUGCAUCUACUGGUUAUUCAAAUUACUGGAGUCAAAUAUUUAUGAUCUCUCUAGAUCUCCACACAAACCUGUUCAUAAUUAUAUUUCAUAUUUCAUAUCCAUCAGUUAUUAAUCGUCUUGUUUAAAUGAUGUCUAACGCUUUA